AUGGCGAAGGAAGGCGAGCGGUCAGCUCCGGCCGACAAGGGCAAGGGCAAGGUUGAUGAUGUCAAGGACAUCCCUGGAGGAAAGAAAGACAAGCCUGAAGACAAGACACAAGCCAACGGAAAACAGAAGGAUGAUGGCCCCGAGGAAGAGGAACUUAGUGAGGAGGAUCAACAGCUAAAGAGCGAACUCGAGAUGCUUGUGGAACGGUUAAAGGAACCAGAUACCUCCCUUUACGCACCGGCCCUGGACGCCAUCAAGAAUUUUAUCAAGACCUCCACCUCGUCUAUGACGGCAGUCCCGAAACCUCUGAAAUUCCUGCGACCACACUACGAUGAUUUGGCCGACCUCUACGACAAGUGGUCGGCCGGUGCGACAAAGGACUCUCUGGCGGAUACGCUGUCUGUUCUUGGGAUGACGUACGGUGACGAAGAGAAACUCGAAACGCUCAAAUAUCGGCUCCUUGCCAAAUCCGAAGAUCUCGGCUCGUGGGGCCACGAAUACGUCAGACAUCUUGCAUUGGAAAUCGGGCAGGAGUAUCAAAACAGGUUGAAUGCUGAGAAGGAUGUGCAAGAUUUGAUCGAUCUUGCGCUCUCCUUGGUCCCGUACUUCCUGGGCCAUAAUGCGGAAGCCGACGCGGUUGACCUGUUGAGUGAGCUUGAGAUUAUUGAGGAAAUCCCUCGAUUUGUUGAUGAGAACACUUACUCAAGAGUUUGUUUGUAUAUGGUCAGCAUGGUAAACCUCCUCACGUACCCUGAGGAUCAACAAUUCCUUCGCACGGCGCACGAGAUCUAUGUUCGCUAUAAGGAACUCACAAAGGCCAUCGUACUCGCGAUCCGCCUCAAUGAUGUUGAUCUCAUCAAGAGCGAUUUAAACGCGACGUCGGACCAGUCACUCAAAAAGCAGAUGGCUUUCCUCAUUUCCAGGCAACAAAUUUGGCUCGACCAGCUGGGCGAUGACGAGGAAGACCAAACUUUCAUGGAUUGCUUGAACAACACAUCAAUUCCCAAACACUUCAAGUCGCUCGGAAAAGAACUCAACAUCCUCGACCCGAUAAUGCCAGAGGACAUCUACAAGACACAUUUGGAAAGCAGCCGAGGAGCAGGCCUCACAAAUGUUGACUCUGCCAGGCACAACCUUGCAAGCGCUUUCGUCAACGGAUUCGCGAACGCUGGAUUUGGCAACGAUGAGAUGAUGCUUGUUGAGGGUGAUAAGGGUCCUUGGGUUUGGAAGACAAAGGACGACGGCAUGUUGUCUACCACCGCCUCGAUGGGUAUGCUCCUCCAUCGCGAUGUCGAAAUUGGUCUGGAUAAGAUCGAUAAGUACACCUACGCCACCGAGGACCAAAUCAAGGCCGGUGCCUUACUGUCUAUCGGUAUCCUUAACUCAGGUGUGCGCAUUGAUUCAGACCCUGCAUUGGCGCUUCUGAGCGACACCGACAAUUUGGAGGCGAAGAAUGUUCCCAUGAGAGUUGCUGCGAUCAUGGGUCUUGGUCUAGCAUACGCUGGUUCAAACAAGGAGGAACUUCUCGAAGUUCUGCUGCCUAUUGUUGAGGAUGUAUCCCUAGACAUGCAACUCUCUGCCAUGGCAGCUGUUUCACUUGGUCUUAUUUUCGUCGGCUCCUCAAAUCAUCAGGUCAGCGAGGCGAUCGCCACCACCCUCAUGGAUGAAGAGCGCCAAAAGCAACUCAAGGAUAAGUGGACUCGCUUCAUGGCUCUUGGUCUAGCGCUCCUUUACUUCGGUCGCCAGGAGGAAGUUGACGUGAUCCUCGAUAUUCUCAAAGCGGUCGAUCACCCCAUGGCCAAACCCACCUCUGUCCUCGCUUCCGUAUGUGCUUGGGCGGGUACCGGCACUGUCCUAAAGCUGCAGGAGCUUCUUCACAUUUGCAACGACGUCAUCGAGGAAAGUGACGAAAAGAAGGGCGAUGAGCUUGUCCAAUCUUAUGCCGUGUUGGGAUUGUCACUGAUUGCCAUGGGAGAAGAUGUUGGACAAGACAUGAUCCUCAGACAGUUCGGCCACUUGAUGCACUACGGCGCCAGCAACAUCCGAAAAGCCGUUCCCCUUGCCAUGGGGCUGAUUAGCCCUAGCAACCCCCAGAUGAAGGUGUACGAUACGUUAUCCAGAUACAGUCACGACAACGACAAUGAUGUGGCGGUCAAUGCCAUCUUUGCCAUGGGUCUCUGCGGUGCUGGUACAAAGAACUCGCGUCUGGCACAGCUUCUGAGGCAAUUGGCCAGCUAUUAUCAUCGCGAUCAGAAUACACUGUUCAUGGUCCGCAUUGCUCAGGGUCUACUGCACAUGGGCAAGGGCACCAUGACACUCAACCCAUUCCACACCGAUCGCCAGGUGCUAAGCCGAGUAUCGGCUGCUGGUCUGCUUACCGUGCUCGUGUCAUUGAUCGAUGCAAAGCAAUUCAUUCUCGCCGAACACCACUACCUCCUUUACUUCCUCAUCACUGCCAUGUACCCACGAUUCCUUGUCACGCUUGACGAGGACCUUCAGCCCCUUCCCGUCAGUGUCCGCGUGGGUCAGGCUGUUGAUGUUGUUGGGCAGGCAGGUCGCCCCAAGACGAUUACCGGCUGGCAGACACAGAGCACACCAGUGCUGCUUUCUCAUGGUGAGCGAGCGGAGCUAGAGGAUGAGCAGUACAUCCCUCUCAGCAGCACCCUGGAAGGCCUGGUUAUCUUGCGCAAGAAUCCUGACUGGGUAGAAGAAAGCUCCACCUAA